UUACACGAUGGUGUCGCUGGUUCUUAUUUACAUGAUGGUGUCGCGAGGUCGAAUUUACACGAUGGUGUCGCUGUUUCUUAUUUACACGAUGGUGUCGCUGGUUCUUAUUUACACGAUGGUGUCGCUGUUUCUUAUUUACACGAUGGUGUCAUUAGUUCUAAUUUACACGAUGGUGUCGCUGUUUCUAAUUUACACGAUGGUGUCGCUGUUUCUAAUUUACACGAUGGUGUCAUUAGUUCUUAUUUACACGAUGGUUUCGCUGUUUCUAAUUUACACGAUGGU